AUGCACGGGCUGGCUGCCGAUGCUGCGGAAACCCGUCUUCGGGAAGGCGAGCCAAUGAAGUUUCUAGCAGAAGCAGCAGCAGCAGCAGAAGACUCAGCAGCAGCAGCAGCAGAACUAGCAGCAGACUCAGCAGCAACAGCAGCAGCAACAGAUCCAGCAGCAGCAGCAGCAGCAGCAGAUCCUUUUGACAUUGGCUGCCCUCAGCUGCUGCGGGGCGGGCAGCGGCAAAAGGGAGCUGCUUUUCCCACGUGUCUUUCUGCUGCAGCAGCAGAAAGUCGCGGCCUCGUUGGUGCAGCAGCCAGCAGCAGCAGCAGCAAGAACGGCAGCAGCAAACACGCCAUUCCAUUCUCUCCGCAAUGGAACAAGGGCAGCAGCCACAUUCCUUGUCUCUUUAAGCAGGAGCAGCAGAAGGAGCAGCAGCAAGAGCAGCAGCAGGAGCAGCAGCAGGAGCAGCAGCAUGAGCAGCAGCAUGAGCAGCAGCAGCCACAUGGGUCCCUUGGCCGCCUCUGCAGAAGGAGGGCUUCUCGAAGUCGUAGCCCCGCAGCAACAGCGGCAGCAGCAGCAGCAGCAGCAGCACGAGAAGCAGCAGCAACGGCAGCAGCAGACAGAGCAGUAGGUGCCUCAGCAGCACUUAGAGAGGAAGCAACAGGUCAGCAGCAGCAGCAACAGCAACAGCAGCAGCAGCAGAAGCGGGAGCAUGCUGCUCCUUUUUCUUUUUCUGCUGAUUGCCGGCCCUUUGCACCUGCUGCACGAGCUGCUGCAGCAAAUACUGCAGCAACAAAAGCAGCAACCGCAGCCGCAACUGCUGCAGCAACAGCAGCAGCAACAGCAGCAGCAACAGCAGCUGCAACAGCAGCAGCAACUGCAGCAGCAACUGCAGCAGCAACACUGCAGCGGUCUAAAAAGACCUGGAAGUGGUCGGGGAGAGUCCCCCAAGCCUCGCUGCACCUGCUGGACCUUGGUGGCAGCUGCUCUGCUGCUGCUGCUGCUGCUGCUGCUGCUGCUAGGCCGGGAAGAAGCAGCAAGGCGCUGCUGUCGCGGCACUCCGAAGCAGCAGCAGCAGCAGUUGCUGCUGCAGCACGCCUCAAACUCAGCCCCACAAAUGGGGUCUCCAAGUGGCAGCUAGUGCCUGACAAUGGCCUCUACGUGCGGCGGCCCAAGCUCAAAGGCGUGAAGAAGUGGCUGCUGCGGCUAACGCAGCAGCGGGGAGAGCUGGAGCGCCACCUCAGCAAAGGCUUGGCCCCCGAGCUGCUGCCGCCGCUGCUGCUGCGCUCGCAGCAAAUCCCAGCGCAUGCAAAGCGCGCGCUGCUGCUGCUGCAGGACGCGCCUGCUGCGGCCCUUGCUGCUGCUGCUGCUGCUGCGGCCAAGGCUGCAGACACGGACGGCGAGAGCGUUAGCAGCAGCAGCAGCUGCUGCAGCACUCCGUGGGAGAACAACCAGGACGUCAUCUGCUGCGCCCUCAAGUGCACGAACAGCAACGACCAGCAGCAGCAGCAGCAGCAGCAGCAGCAGCAGCAAGCAGCACAAGGCGUUUGUGAACAGGACGCAGCAGACGUGGCCCGCCUCCAAAGCUGCACUUCUUUCCGAAAGGCAGUGGACUCCAUCUGCAGCAGCAAAAGAAUUAAAGACAAACAAGCCUUUGCAUGCAAUCUCUCCCGCCCGCUUAGCGCUUUGCGAGGCCUGACCUUCAGCCGGCAGCUGCUGCAGCAGCUGCAGCAGCAGCAAGUGCAGCAGCAGCAGCACGCGCCCCUUUUUGCGCUUCUCUGGCAGCUCUCUAUGCCCCAAAGGCCCCUCCGCAGCACAGUCUCCAAAGAGUGGAAGCUGCUGGGCUUCCAGGGCAAUGACCCCUCCACGGACUUUCGAGGCUGCGGUUUGCUGGCACUGCGGGCGCUGCUGUUUUUCUGCCACACUUUUCCCUUAGAGGCGCAGCAGAUGGUGCAGCAAGGCAGCAGCAGCAGCAGCAGCGGGAGCAGCAGCAGCAGCAGCGGGAGCAGCAGCAGCAGCAGCGGGAGCAGCAGCAGCAGCAGCGGGAGCUAUUCGUUCGCAAUUACGCUGAUAAACAUAGCUGCGUGGCUGUGGCAGUGGGUGCUGCUGCGGCCGGAGGUGUCUCGUUUCUUUUGCUGCUGCUUCUCGAGCCGAGCAGCAGAAGUUGUCUUUUAUUAUUUGUUUUCUUUUGCUGCUGUUCAGUUCCAUUGCUUCUUCCGCUGCUGCAGCCCCAAAAGCCCCAUGCAUUUCCCCUAUGUUGCUGCUGCUUUCCAGCAGCUUGUGGCUUUCCCCAGCAACGCCCCUGCCUGCCAGCUGCUGCUGCAGCACCCGCAGCAGCAGCAGCAGCAGCAGCAGCACCUCCUCCACGUGCAGCACCUGCAGCAGCACCAGCAGACACAGCAGCAAGUGCAGCAGCAGCAGCAGCAGGAGCAGCAGCAAAGGAUAAACGCAGACGACCAGUAUACAGACUCCCCACAGGCUCCACUACCAGCAGCAAAAGAGGCAGCUGCUGCAGGAGCAACACCGCCAUCAGCAGCGGACGCAGCAGCAGCAAAAGCAGCAGCAGAAGCAGCAGCAACUCCAGACACAGAAAAUAUUUGGAGAUGCCCCUGCUGCUUCGCAGAGACAUUGCCGCUGCCUUGGGAAAGCAUCAACUACCAGCAGCAGCAGCAGCAGCAAGAGCAGCAGCAGCAACAGGAACAGCAACAGCAGCAGCAACAAUCUGACGCAGAGGCAGUAAGAGAAGCCCGUGUGCAGAAGACCGUUGCUGCUGAUUCAGCAGGGGCAAAACCAGCAGUAGCAGCAGCAGCAGCAGCAGCGCCAGCUGCAGCAGCACUUGACCGAAGCCACAGCAACAGCAGCACCCGAAGCAGCAGAGGGACCUCAAACGCCGCAGCACGGAAGCAUCAGCAGCUGCUGCAGCAGCAGCAACAACAGCAGAUCAAGGCAGCAGUAAGCAGCAGCUGCGCUGCAUGCCUAGUGGACAUGGCGAGUUGCUGCAGCAAGAGCAGCAGCAGCAGCAAAAGCCGGAGGAGCAGCAGCGACGACAGCAGCAGGAACUCCACGGUCGCAGUAGCCGUAGCAGCAACAGCAGCAGCAGCAGCAGCAGCAGCAGCACGGCUGCAAAACUGCCGCGAGAUGCUGCGGCUGCAGCGCCCCACAAAUAUGCGGGGCUUCCUAGGGAGGGCCCCCGGGGGGCCCCCACAGGGGCCCCCACAGGGGCCCCCACAGGGGCCCCCAAGGGGGCCCCCAGGGGGGCCCCCAGGGGGUCCCCAGGGGCCCCGGGUGGGGGCCCCCAUCGCCAGUGCCCGGCGGCCCACUUGCAGCAGACAAGGAACCCGCUGCAGGUCUAGCGGAGUAGCAGCAGCAGCAGCAGAGUGCGUGUUUUUCGGUGGCUUCAGCAGCAGUAGCAGCAGCAGCUGCAGCAGCAACAGCAGCCGGCUCGUGGGCGCAGUGGUGCCGGGCGCUGCGAGCCCUGCAGCAGCAGCGGCGGCAGCAGCAGCAACGGCUGCAGCAACGGCUGCGGCAACGGCUGCAGCAACAGCCGCCGCGACAGCAGCAGCAACAGCAGCAGCAGCAACGGGAACGCAGAAAAGCUGCUGGGUCUCCCCCCCCGUGACGGGCAGCAGCAGCUUUGCGAGCAGCACAAAGAGCGACUGCAAGGUUCCUGCUGCUGCAGCACCAGCAGCAGCAGUAGCGAUGCAGCAGCAGCGGCAGCAGCAGCGGCUGCAGCCGCCGUGUCUUUCUCGCCCCUGCGCUUCGAGCAUUCUAGUGCCUAGAAAGGGCACCAGCAGGUAG